GUCCUUUUUCCGCUGUCUCGUUGUCCUGGGGCUUUAAAUUCGUGCCUCUGGAGUCUGGACUCCCCCCAACCGUCAACGGGAAUUUCCACAUCUUCGGGCGCGUUUCGUUUUGCGGCUUCCUUUCUUUCUCUGUGUUUUCCCCGUCGCCAACCACCGUUUUUCUUUUCCCAUUUCUUCGCGGUUUCCGCUUGGGAAAAAAAGGGUUGAAUCUUCAAAGAUAAGCAUCGCGCGGGGAGAGGUUCAAUCUUCGAAGCAUCAUCAUCGGGUUCCGCACGGCUCUUUCGGAGCUCCGGAGCUUCCCCCUCCCCUUCCUCCAUUUCAUGGAGCGGGGGCCGCAGGGAGGCCGCCGCCACCGCCGUCACCACCACCGCCGCUUCCUGGGACACCCUCGCUACCCCGCCCCGAUCGCCUGAUGUCGUCGGAGAUCCAGGAGCGCCCCGGGGAGGCGUCGUCCUCCGCGUCGGCUUCGGCGGCGGAGGAGGUCGGGCUGCCGGAGGUGAGCCUGAUGGGGAGGUACGAGAUCGGGCGGCUGCUGGGGCGCGGGGCGUUCGCGAAGGUGUACUACGCGCGGAGCGUGAGCACGGGGCAGGGGGUGGCGAUCAAGGCGGUGAGCAAGCAGAAGGUGGUGAAGGGAGGGUUCGUGGCGCAGGUGAAGCGGGAGAUCGCCAUCAUGCGGCGGCUGCGCCACCCGAACAUCGUCCGCCUCUUCGAGGUGCUGGCGACGCGGACGAAGAUCUACUUCGUCAUGGAGUUCGCGAAGGGCGGGGAGCUGUUCGCGAAGGUCGCCAAGGGGCGGUUCAGCGAGGACCUCUGCCGCCGCUACUUCCAGCAGCUCAUCUCCGCCGUCGGGUACUGCCACUCCCGCGGCGUCUUCCACCGCGACCUCAAGCCGGAGAACCUCCUGCUCGACGAGAACUGGGGCCUGCGGGUGUCCGAUUUCGGGCUCAGCGCCGUCGACGACCAGGUCCGCGCCGACGGGCUCCUCCACACCCUCUGCGGUACGCCGGCCUACGUCGCGCCGGAGAUCCUCGCCAAGCGAGGCUACGACGGCGCCAAGGUCGACGUCUGGUCCUGCGGCAUCAUCCUCUUCGUCCUCAACGCCGGCUACCUCCCCUUCAACGACCCCAACCUCAUGGUCAUGUACCGGAAGAUCUACAAGGGCGAGUUCCGGUGCCCCAAGUGGACGUCCCCGGAUCUCCGGCGGUUCCUGUUGCGCCUCCUGGACACGAACCCGGAGACCCGGAUCACCGUCGACGAGAUCGUGAGCGACCCGUGGUUCCGAAAGGGGUACGAGGAGAUCAAGUUGGCCGAUGAAGACGAUUUCGACGCUAAGGACUUUUCCGAAGACGGCGACGGCGACAGCGGCGAGAACAAGUGCUUGAACGCGUUUGACAUCAUCUCCUUCUCCUCCGGCUUUGACCUCUCCGGCCUGAUCCGCGACUCCGGCGAGCCGGUCCGGUCGGAGCGGUUCGUGUCCGCGGAGGCGCCGGAGAGGGUCCUCGAGAGGGUGGAGGAGGUCGCCGCCGGCGAGGAGGGCGUGAGCGCGGCGCGGACGAAGGGGGACGCGGUGCGGGUCGAGGGGCCGAGCGGCGAGCUCGUCGCGGCGGUGAGGGCCCGCCGGCUGACUGCGGAGCUGCUGGUGGUGGAGGUCCAGUGGAGGGAUGAACCUGGCCGGGGAAUCUGGACGGAGAAGCUGCGGCCCCAGCUGGAGGGCCUGAUUUACCGACCGGACGAGCCGGUCUCCGGUGACCCGUGAUGCGACGUGACGUGCCACCAAUCACUGCGGCCGGGACCACCGUGCUCUUUUGAAUUCUUGAAAGUGAUAAUUAUUCUGUAAUGGGGGAAAAAAAAGAAUUGAAAAACCGCCCGGGUUUUUUUUGUAUAUUUCUAUUUUCUCCCGGAAAUGUCUAUGUCGGCUGGAAAAUUUCCCCGAAAUAAAUGGUCCCCUAUCUCUGUCUAUGCAAAUGAAUUAAAAAAAAAAAAGGAAAAAAAAAUUGGGUACUAAAUGAUCAUAAUUAGCGUAGUUUUGGUGUUA